AUGCCUUUCAACACUGCUCUGACCCGCAAGCUGGGAAUCCGCGUCCCCGUGGUCCAAGGUGGCAUGCAGUGGGUGGGAUACGCCGAGCUGGCCUCGGCUGUCAGUAACGCCGGUGGUCUGGGUAUCCUGACUGCGCUCACCCAACCCACCCCCGAAGACCUACGCAAGGAGAUUCGACGAUGUCGCACGAUGACCAAGUACCCCUUCGGCGUCAAUCUGACCCUCCUCCCCGCCCUGAUUCCCCCAGACUAUGGCGCCUACGCUCAGGUGAUUAUCGAUGAGGGUGUCAAGAUUGUCGAGACUGCCGGCAACAACCCCGGCCCUGUCAUCACACAGCUGAAGAAGGCCGGCAUCAUCAUCCUGCACAAGUGUACGACAAUCCGCCAUGCUAAGUCCGCUGUGAAGCUGGGCGUUGAUUUCCUGUCUAUCGAUGGCUUUGAGUGCGCCGGCCAUGUCGGCGAGCACGACAUCACCAACUUCAUCCUCUUGAGCCGUGCGCGCCAGGAUCUGGGAGUUCCCUUCAUUGCCUCGGGCGGUUUCGCUGAUGGUUACGGCCUGGCGGCAGCGCUCGCGCUCGGUGCCGAGGGUAUCAACAUGGGUACUCGCUUCAUGAGCACCGUCGAGGCACCUAUUCACCAGAAGGUCAAGGAGGCGAUUGUCAACGCUCAGGAGACUGAUACGGCACUCGUGCUCCGUCGCUGGAAGAACACUUCUCGCCUGUUCGCCAACAAAGUUACUCAGGAUGCAUUGAAAAUUGAGCGUGAGAGCACAACCGGCGACUUCAGCGAGAUCGGUCCUUAUGUGAGUGGCCAGCGCGGUCGCCAGGUCUUCAUCAACGGUGAUGUGGACUAUGGUGUCUGGACUGCUGGCCAGGUUAUUGGCUUGAUUCACGACAUCCCAACGUGUGCUGAUCUCCUGGUUCGGAUCGAGAAAGAGGCCUUGGAGGCGAUGAACCGGACGCGCGGGCUGUAUAGCGAUGCUCCCACCAGCAAGCUGUGA